AUGCCAGCUACAUCUAUGGUGCCUGGUGUAAAGCGACCACGGGAUGGAAAUGACGGAAACCACGAUCAAAGUAAACCACAUUCAUCCUCUUCACAUGCUGCCAUUAUAGAAAUUACAUGUGGUAUUACAAAAGAAGCCGCCAUAAUGUAUGAGAAACAAUCUACAGAACACGCGCUUCUCUAUCAAGAUAUGGAUACAUUACUUAGUUCUUUACUCUUUCGUCAUAAAGUACGUCGUUUCUUAUUUCCACGUACGGAUGGAAGUAAAUUGGAUGGACCUUUAGAAAUUGGUAUUAUACAACUAGUGGCCAAUGAUGGUGAGACACUUAUAUUUACAUCUGAUACGAUUGAACCUGCACAGGUCCCUGUUUCUGUUGGUCAACGUGUUUGUAUUGGAGAUGUGGUACUUUUUCAACGACUUACUACUACUACUACUACAAAUAAAGAAAAUAAUGAAGAACAUUCCACAUCUACAUUAGUAGAGUUUAUUACAUUAGAUCCUUCUGUACUUACAGAUGCUGCUGAUUGGUCACAUGCCGCUUCUUGGAAUAUAGUAGUGGCUAUAAAGUGGAUACAAAAACUUCUUUCCUAUCCACCUGGUCUUGCACAGUUUACAUGUAUUAUGGAUUCUUUAUUAGGCGAUAAAAGUUUAAACUCUACAAAUCCUCCAGAUGCAUGGAUGCGAUCACUUUAUUUACCUGUUUUAUUACAAUAUAUUUCAAAAAUAGAAGGAAUAGAGACUCGUAAAGUCUAUCAAGUAAAAAAAGUGACACUCUCUUUACUUCGUCUCUAUGUUGCUAUAUUAGAUGGUGCAGAGUCUAUUAUUACAAUUCCACGUCUUGUGGAAGAGUUAGUGUAUCAAUUUAUCGCUUCGCCUUUAUUUAUAGAAGGUAUUUCUGUGUUAUUACCACAAAUGGCUGGAUCAGUAACAGAAUCUACAUGGGCAAGUACACAAAAGACUGUACUAGACGCUGUGAAAUUAGCCUUUCGUUAUAUUUGUAGAGAUACUGGAAAUGAAACUAAAUGGCGUAGUGAAGUAAGAAAACGUGCGGAAAUAGGUUUCUUUACUGUUCUUCAUCGUAUUACAGAAUUUUGGUUAAAUCACACCAAUAAAGAAAUAUCUUCACAAACAGGAGUUCAGGCAAUUAUACAAUUAGUGGAAGAAAUGACACGAAUAGGUCUUUUACGUCGAGUAACUCAGUGGGUACGACAACGAGAACGUAUAGCAGAUACCGUAAGUCUUGUAGAUAAAACACAUUAUCCACCUAAUUUACAAGAUAUUAAAGAUUUACACGGUUUAAAGGAAUCUACAGUAAAGGAAAUGAUGAUAGCAAUGACCCAAACAUAUACUCCAUAUCUUCGUCAAGAGACAUUACGAUUUGUGGAAUGUGCCAUGAUGGCAGCGUAUGCAGAAUUGUAUGGACCAGCUUCACGUGCGGUAUCUCGUUUUGUACAAGAAAGUACUAAAAUGACUAUGAAUGGAAUGGAUAAUCAACAACAAAAACUUCAACUCAUACAAGUUAAACAACCUGCUCUUCGUUCAAAUCUUUUUGAUUAUUCUUUAGAGGAAGUUCGUUUACAUGCAUUAUUUGGAUUACCCCUAUCUCUUAUAUUGGAUAUCUCAAGUCAAAAGAAUAUUCUCAAUGAACUUCAAGAAGUUACAUCAUUAUUUGGGUAUGUUGUCCUGGUUUUAAGGAAUAAAACAUUUAUUUUUCCUGUUAUUCUCUGUAAUGUUGUUGAAAAUAAUGAGAAAGAACUCUCUACUGUUACAGCCACUGCGUAUGUCCUUCGGGAUAGGGAUAUGUUACCUUCACUAGUGGAAGCAAGUGCUGCUGCUGCUGCUACUAGUAGUAGUAGUAGUAGUAGUUCCCAUAUGAUACCUAAUUGUUUACCAGAUGCAUGGUUUAUUUACGGUAAUCGAAAUGGAAGUAAAAGAGAACACACUCGUGAUUAUCAUCAUCAUCAUCACAAUAAUAAUCAUAAUCAUCAUUCUAAUCAUCAUCAUCGUAUUCUUCAUGAUGCCCCACCACAAUUCCUUCCACGUGGUACAUCUGCUGUAUCCUAUGUAUUAUACAUUUUACAUCUUAAAAAACUACGAACUCGAUUACAGGAGGAAGAACAGAGUACAUCAUCCAGUGGAACCACCACUCGUGUUAAAAAUAAUCAAGGAAAAAGUGGGGCAACGGAAGAAGAUGUACUUUGGUGGGGAAAUAUGAAUAACAGUGUUGGAAGUUCAAGUGAUUUCUUUCUUCAUUCAACUUCUCUUACAGGUGAGACGGAAGCCAUUCAACGUUGUAUUACAGAACUCACAGAGACCGCUUCUCUUACCGCCUCACAGGUGGAAUGUUUACAUACAUUAAUGAGUACAGGACCAGGUGUACGCACUAUUGUAGGAGCUGUGGGAAGUGGGAAAACAACACUUAUGCAUGCUUCUAGUCUAUCACGUGGUAGAGCACAAGAUACAUUACGAAAACAACAUCAAACACUUUGGUAUUCAAUGAUUAAACAUAGUGGACAAGUAUUAACAGCUCGUGUGGAUGAAUUAUCACCAGUAGAGGAAAUUGAAGAUAUUUUUAAAGCAGUAGAUGUAUCUUCUGUACGAGACCUUGCAGAAGAAGUGACAAAUGCCGCUUUAGCUCAUAUACAAGAGCAUGUACACUUAAGUGAAAAACUAAGAUGUUGUCAUGCUCCCUUGUUAUUACGACCAAAAGCAGUUGAACAAAAACCCUCAUCACAUGUAUUGAGAGUUCUACAAGAUGAUAAUAUAACAGAACAAUAUCAUUCACUUGAAGAUAUUAUGUUACAAAGUCAUCAACGAUCAUUGAAUGCUCCUCUUCUUAAUGUCUUAAAUACAUGGCUACAAUCUUUAAAACGUUUAGGUGACCUUAGUGAUGCUAUACGUCGUUCAUUAGAAAAUGAAAAUGAGAAUGAAAAUAAUAAUGAGAUGUCUGAAAAGGGAAAAUGGAAACUUUAUAUUGAGUUACUUCCCUGGAUUAUGUCUAGUAAAGAACGACAUGAUACACUCGCUGAGGCUAAACGUCAAGGAAAGACAUGGGAAACAUAUCUUUCUGAGGAUCUCUGGGAUACCUUAACUGUAGUAACAUGUGAUAAUCUUGUUAAAGAAAAAGAAAUAAAUAUCUGGAAAAAUACAGAACCUGCAGUUUCUUCAUUUCAUGCCGUCGCAUUACCAAAUAAAUCACGUAGUCUUUGUGAAUAUGGAAAAUCUGAAGCUGCUGGAUGGCGUGCUGUUUUUGGUGAGAAACAAAAAGAUCUUCUUGAUUUUUUAAAUCAAGAAAUAAUGGAUGGGUCACGUCAUUUAUUUGAAAUGUUCUUAGAUUUUAUUCAAGCCGUAGGAGCCACUUCACAAACUUCUAAAGUGACAGUCAUUACUGCCACUGGACCAUCAUUAUUACAGGAACUUUAUUUCUUAGGUGUAUGGCAACCAAGAUAUCUUGUAGUGGAUGAUUAUGAUCAAAUUAAUGAUGCCUUCUACCUUACAUUAUCACCAGCCACAGUAGUGAUUCUUUCUCAUCAGAGGGAAGCACCACUUCAACAAGAACAGUACGCUUCUCUUGCAGUUCUUAAAGCCGUACAAAAGGAAUUACAAGGUACACCAUUAUCUUGUACCGCCGUAUUGUCUGAAUCGGUUCGUUUUAGUAGUGCGGAACUUCACAAGGCUGUACAGUUGUGUCGAAAUAGUACAGUUGUGGCUUACAUGCCAGUUGCACGUGCUGCAAGGCGGAAUGCUCAACGAAAUAGAAGAAGGAAUAAUAAUAAUAAUAAUAAUAAUAAUAAUAAUAAUAAUAAUAAUAAAAAUUCUGGUACUUCUGCUUCUAAUGCCGCUGCUGCUGCUGCUGCCACGACUACAACAACAACUACUAAUGGUGAUAGUAAUGUUAAUGGCGGUGAAGAAACAAAUUCAAAAGGGACACUUUUGGGAUUUUCUUCACCCUCAUGCGUAGAGAUUUGGACGCAUGCAGUGUCUUUAUCUGCUACUACACAUUGUGAUGGUCUUGCUGCUGCUUUUGUGCAAAAACGUAUUCUUAGUAUUGAUCCUUCAAUGGUGGUAACCGUUUUUUGCGCCUUUGCAAAAGAUGAGGCUGCCAUUAUUGAAGGUAUGACGUCUUCAUCUGAUGGAGGUUAUACAGAAGAUGUCACUCCUUCUGUUUGUACGCUUCCCUUCACUCCUGAUGCCUUUGUAGAACGUGAUGAGGAGUGUGAUAUUGCCGUGUUGUGUCUCUCUGGACUUGCAUAUGAAUUAGGUCGUAUCUCUGGAUUAGAACGUCAACGAGCCUGGGAGCAAAUAUCUGCAGAUUCGUUGUUUGUAGAACGUGUGGGAUGGUGGCUAUGGAAGACAGUUUCAUGUGCUCGCUACGGAGCUGUAUUCAUUGGAAGUAAAGAAUUAUUCCGCGUUCUUGAACCAUUACAACGAAUAGAACGAUAUGUAUUGCAACUACGUGAACAGGGACGUUAUUGGCUUCCAUCAGAUGUGAAGGGAGCGGCAUUGGCAUUACGGUGUCCAGAACAUGAGAAUUGUCGUCAAUUAGCAAUGCUCACAUAUACAGAUUAUCAGGGUUGUCAACUACGUCGAAUGGGUGUGCAGAAGUGUCGUUCACUUUGUUUGGCGUCUUAUGAAGGAUGUACAAACCCUUCACAUGCAUGUUUGCAUACAUGUCAUGUCUCAUAUGCAGAAAAUAAUAAUAAUAAUGAUAGUGAUAAUAAUAAUAAUAAUGAUAAUGAGGAUUCUGUUCCUACGCAUGAUCAUUGUCCAUUUCCUUGUGCAAAGGUACAACCUUGUGGUCAUCUCUGUCUACGGUGUUGUGGAGAUGUGUGUGCCCCAUGCGAGUUUGUUGGUUUACAAGAACUUACAUGUGGUCAACGUGUUGUUUCUGGCAUGUCUGAGUCUGGUCCUGUGCUGACACUUGUGCCUCAUUUUCAAAAAGUGCGUUGUGGAGAAACACCGCAGCCGUGUGAAGAAGCCGUGACACUUCGCUGCACACGCUGUGGAGAAAAGAAUCCCAUGCGUUGUUGUGAAGUGCAGGCACGUGGUGGAAUGGAAACUGCCACACUUGCUGAGAUGGAGUGUGUGGGUUGUGUGGCUCUUUACAAUCGAGUUGCGAAGGAGUUUAAUGCUGUAGAGAUAAAAGCCAUCGUAUCUUCUUCUUCUUCCUCUUCAUUGCCCACAACGGAUGGAGAUAUUCCCCUGCAAGAUCUUCCCGCCGCUGCGCAGGAGAAAUUGCAGAAAUUGCGGGGCAUAGCGGUAAAGAAGGCACAAUUAAUGCUGCAGAAGGAGGCGCUGGAAACUACACAAGGACGACAAAAUUCGGAAUUUCAUCAACAGCAGGAAGUGUAUAAUCGUAUGCGAGAACAACAAGGGGAGGAACUACGUCUGCAUCGCUUACGUGUUCAGGAAAAUAUUCAAGCAUGGGCGAAAACAUUGAAGCAAAAGUAUGAAGUACAAAUUUCGGUGAAUGAGGAAAUGGAAACAGAAGUGCCCUUAAUGAUCAGUGAAGCCGUUGCUGAGGAAGAACGGCAGGAAUCCCAUCUUUUCGUGUAA